AAUGCAAAUUAAUGCCAACGAAGUGGAGAAAUCUAACAAAAAUAAACAGAAAAUUGUGGAAAAUGACAGGUAUGUUUACUAUAGUAAGUUUGGAGUAGAAAGCGAGGUCAGAGAGGUUAAGUAACGUUUGCGCGCGGGCUAUACUUCAAGAGUUUCGAAGAAUGUGUGUAUCACUUGAAUAUUAGAUCUUGAAAAGGAUUCAUGUCGGCAAAUAACGGAUAACAAAAAUUAUCGCUGUUAUCUAUACUAUAUGAUAAUAAGAUCAAUUAUUUCAUAUCAAGUACUUCAAUGACCGUAUUAUAACCGGUUUUAUCAGUAAAAAAGUAGGAAUACAUAAGUUCGCAUAAACUAAUAAUUAAAAGAAGGUGAAAAAAUGAAAGUACUCCAAAAUCGGUGGAAAAUUUUCGUGGAUAGAUCAAAAAAGGGUAUACGAUUUUUCAGUAAUCAAUUUGUGUAUAGCAAUGAGGUUAUUGCUGCUAAAAAAAAUAAUAUACCACUAGUUGCAUUGGAAUCAACGAUUAUUACACAUGGCAUGCCUUAUCCUGAUAAUUUUCAAACUGCAGUCAAUGUUGAAAAUAUUAUUAGAGAACGAGGAGCAAUUCCAGCAACCAUUGGUAUCAUCAAUGGACAAAUACAUGUAGGAAUGAGUAAUGCAAAAAUAAAUAACUUAGCUCAAUCAAGUGACAACAAGAUUAAUUCAAGAACUGUAAAAUGUGGUCAAAGAGACAUUUGUACAGCUAUAGCUCAAAAUUUAAAUGGUGGAACCACAGUUGGAGGAACAGUCACCAUAGCUCAUCUAGCAGGUAUCAAAAUUAUGGCGACAGGAGGAAUCGGUGGAGUCCAUAGAGGAGUGGAAAAAACUUUAGAUAUCAGUUCAGAUUUAGUAGUCUUAAGUCGUACGCCAGUUUCUGUCGUUUGUGCAGGAGUCAAGGCAAUUCUAGAUAUCCCUAAAACACUAGAAUUUUUGGAAACUCUUGGGGUUCCAGUAAUAGCAAUCGGAGAUGAUACAAAACUGUUUCCUGCUUUUUAUAGCCGAUUUACUCCAGCUAAAGUCAAAUCUCCAUCUUUUGUUAGUGAUGCGACUGUUGCUGCACGAUGUAUUAAAGCUCAACAAGAGUUGAAAGCUAAUACUGGGCUUAUAUUUGCUGUUCCUAUACCCGAAGCUGCUGCUCUCGAUCCUUUCGAAGUGGAUCGGAUUAUUCAGAUGGCUCUUGAAGAGGUUGAACAGAUCAACAUUCAGGGUAAAGAUGUAACACCGUACCUCUUGAAAAAAGUUAAAGAGUUAACUGAAGGAAAGUCAUUAUCAGCAAAUAAGACUCUUAUAGAAAAUAAUGCUCUAGUGGCUGCUGACAUUGCUAUUGAAUUGAGUCAUUUAACGUCAGAGAGUUCGUAUAACUUUAGUAAAAAAUUCAUCCAAAAUAGGCAUUUUUCAAGUAAAAAAUCAGUUACUGAUGCAAAUCUUGUUGUGGUUGGAGGAGUAGUAUUGGACACUGUGCUACAAGUUGAGGAACCAGAGAUUAGGUUUGAUGGUAGAACACACCGAGGGAAAAGUCAAAAAAGUUUUGGUGGAGUUGGCAGGAACAUUGCAUCAGCGCUUAUUACUCUUGGAGCGAAAAAUACUAAAUUUGUUACGGCAGUUGGAGAUGAUGAAGCUGGUAAAAUGAUUACUCAGAGUUUUGGAGGGGCUAAACAGAUUAUUAUUAAAUUGCCGGAGAAAUCAACGGCUAGAUACACCAGUGUGAUUGAUAUUAAUGGCGAGUGUCGUUUUGGGUUCGGUGAAAUGGAAAUUUUCAAUUCAAUUGAUUGCCAGUUGAUCGAAAAUAAUUUAUCUGCAUUUGAAAAGGCACAACUUAUCAUCCUUGAUGGAAAUCCACCAUUAAAAACAAUACAAAAAAUUAUUGAUAUAGCUUCUAGAUGUUCCAUUCCAGUUUGGUUUGAACCAACAGAUGCCAAGAAAGCUUGUAAAAUUUUUAAAUCAACCACAGAAUGGAACAAAGUUUUGCAUUUUGUUUCUCCAAACAUAAAAGAGCUUUUUGCAAUGCUAGAAUAUUUUUCAAUAACAAAAUCCGCAAUACCACCACCAAACAUACAAGUUGAUGAUAUUCAGGAGCUGGCUGUAAAAUUAGCAGAAAAAAUUCCAGUUGUAAUAACAACCCUAGGACCUGAUGGACUCUUGAUUAACCGAAGAUGUUCUUCAAGCAAAAAACCUUUUUAUAAUUCAAAUGGUAUUAGUACGAAAAAUUUAGUUGAAGAUGGAACUACAAUUCAAAGUAGAUUACACCCUCCAGUUGAAUUAAACACUGAAGGAAUUUUAUCACCAAGGAUCAAUAAGGUAAGUGUCAGUGGAUGUGGUGAUUGUUUAGCUGCGGCAAUUAUUACUGGAAUUUUAAGAGGCUUAAGUGAAGAGAUGUGUAUUACACUUGGUCUCAAGGCCGCUGCUGUUUCUUUGAAGUCUUUUGAAAAUGUCCCCCAAGCUCUUGCACUUCUUGAAUAAUUAAUCAACUCAUUUUUGCAUAAACAGCGCUUUUAUAUUGUAUCAAAAAUCAAAAUGAACAGUGAAAAAUUUA